GUUCCAUCGAUCCUGCAAACGCUCCAGUCCGUUCCAGUGGAGUUUAUCCCACUCCACUCUUUACCCCCAACACCGUUAGAUCAAUGAAUUCGCGUACCCAUCUCCUCUCUCUCACUGGUCUCCCACAGUGAACCGCUGGACAGCUCCCGUUACGAGUAUUCGGAGGCUGCAUGUUCUUUCCCAAGUCUUGGGGAUUUCUACCGCGUUACGCUUGGUGCCUUUGCGCAGAAAAAGAUGGUGAACUAACGGUUUUAGUUGUUGCUUCUUAACUUGGAAACUUAUCACCGCCGUACCUGCUUUUUGUUGCUAUUGUAUUGGGAGAUUUUCUUUGGAGCAACCGGUUCCAUACGCACGGCGUUAACGAACGGAUUCGUGCGUUGUGUGGUUUUUAGAGAAGGAUUUUUGUGAUAGUGGGAUAGUGUCGCUCAGCGGUGAAGCGCAAUCAUGGAGGGAUCAUUUGGAUGUAUUUGGGCGAAAAGACUUUCGGUAUUUGUCUGGUUAUGCUAUCUCGCCGGCGAUUCAACAUCAUAUAGUGCAGAGACCUCAUCGUCAUCUCCGUCCCAGACAGGCCAGGUGUUCGUGGACUUCAGCUUGGUUCUGGAACCCCAGGACACGGUGACAUUACGGGGCGGUGCUCUCCAGCUGGACUGCAAGGCUCAGUCAGAUCAGGGUAUUCCAGUUAUCGUCUGGAAGAAGGACGGGGUGCUGCUCAGCGCCGUGGUGGACGAGAGGAGACAGCAGUUCCCUAACGGUUCUCUAGUGGUCCAGAACGUGGUUCACUCACGACACCACCGACCUGACGAGGGGCUCUACCAGUGUCUGGCAGCGCUAGAGGGAGUGGGGGCCAUAGUCAGUCGCACGGCUAAAGUCACUGUCUCUGGUCCGUUGAAGCUCGUGGUCCCUACAGAGUCAGUGUCCUCCUACCUGGGUGACACGGCCCUGCUGCGCUGUGAGGUGACUGGUGAUCCCAUGCCCGUGGUACGCUGGCAGAAGAACAGAGAGGACCUGCCACUCACCUUAACCCCAGAGAGCAGAGUGGUGGUACUGCCCUCCGGAUCGCUCCAGGUUAGCAAGGUUCAACCACCAGACUCUGCCACCUACCGCUGCCUGGCAGACAACCCUGGCAGCGCCCGCACUGGCAGUGACGCAGACCUACGAGUGUUGCCAGAGCCUGGAACCACCAGGGGCCUUCUGUUUCUCCAGCAGCCCCAGAGAGUCACCUCCCUCCUGGGGAGAGAUGCUGUGUUGGAGUGCUCCGCUUCGGGGUUCCCCACCCCCGCCUUCCACUGGAUGAGAGGCACUGAGAUAAUCCAGAGCAGGUCUAAGAAGUACUCCCUGCUGGGCGGCAGUAACCUCCUGAUCAGCAGCGUAACAGACGACGACUCAGGCUCCUACAGCUGCGUGGCGUUUAACAAGAACCAGAACAUCACGGCUUCCUGCGAGCUGUCUGUUCUCGUGCCACCCCAGUUCCUGAACUACCCCACCAACACGUAUUCCUAUGAGAGUACGGACAUGGAGCUGGAGUGUGCUGUAACGGGGAACCCUCCUCCCACGGUGCACUGGAUGAAGAACGGAGAGGAGGUCAUCCCCAGUGACUACUUCCAGAUCGUUGAUGGCAGUAACCUCCAGAUCCUUGGUCUGGUGAAGUCAGAUGAAGGUUUCUAUCAGUGUGUGGCUGAGAACGAAGCAGGGAACGCCCAGGCUAUGGCCCAGCUCAUACUGAGAGAGCCAGUUGUCCCCAGCUCAGGUGUCCUCCUCCCCUCUGCUCCCCGUGACGUGGCCCCUGUCCUAGUGUCCAGCCGUUUUGUCCGCCUCAGCUGGCGCCCCCCGCAGGAGACCAGGGGAACUGUCCAGACUUACGGCAUCUACUACUCCCAGGACACAGUCAACAGGGAGAGGGCUGUGAACGUGUCGGAGCCAGAGACCCUCCAGUUGACUGUCAGUAACCUGAAGCCAGAGGAGACCUACUCCUUCAGAGUGGUGGCCUACAACGACAACGGGCCUGGAGAGAGAUCCGCGACACUCAAACUCACCACGCCGCCAGAGUUGCAGGUCCCGGGGCCGGUGGAGAACCUCCAGGUAGAGUCCAUCUCCCCCACCUCCAUCCAGGCCUCCUGGGACGCCCCGGUCUACGCCAACGGGCCCCUGCUGGGGUACAGACUGCUCUGGACUGAGACACCCUCUGGCAAGGAACAGAGUGUGGAGGUGAACGGGCAGAGUUAUAAGAUGGAGGGACUUCAGAAGUUCACAGAGUACUCGUUAUGUGUCCUGGCGUUGAACCGCUACGGCCCUGGGAUCAGCACAGAGGACAUGAGCAUCACCACGCUUUCUGAUGUACCAAGUGGCCCUCCACAGAACAUCUCCUUGGAAGUAGUUCUGUCAAGAAGCAUUAAGGUGAGCUGGCAGCCCCCUCCUCCCAACAGCCAGAACGGGUUCAUCACCGGCUACAAGCUCCGACACCGGAAGACCGGCCGACGAGGAGACCAGGAAGCCAUCGAACCUAACAACUUCUGGUACCUGUUCACAGACUUGGAGAAAGGCAGUCAGUACAGUUUCCAGGUCUCUGCCAUGACAGCUAACGGCACGGGCCCGGCCAGCGAGUGGUUCACCGCCGAGACGCCAGAGAAUGACCUUGACGAGAGCCAAGUCCCGAACCAGCCGAGUUCCCUCCACGUCCGACCCCUGCCCAACAGCAUCAUCAUGAGCUGGACUCCUCCCCUCAACCCCAACAUCCUAGUACGGGGCUACAUCAUUGGCUACGGAGUAGGAAGUCCCUACGCCGAGACGGUCAGGGUGGACAGCAAGCAGCGAUACUAUGCCAUAGAAAACCUGGAGCCCAGUUCCCACUAUGUCAUCUCCCUAAAGGCCUUCAACAAUGCAGGAGAGGGUGUCCCCCUGUAUGAGAGUGCUGUGACCAGGUCUAUAACAGACUCCAUUGAUCCGUCAGACGACGAUCUGUUCCAUCUGUUUGAUAAAUAUCCUACUCCCAUGCCAGAUACGUCCACCCCCAUGAUCCCCCCAGUAGGUGUCCAGGCCGUGGCCCUGACCCCAGACUCUGUCAGGGUCAGCUGGGCAGACAACUCCAUGACCAAGAACCAGAAGACCACUGAGGUUCGCUACUACUCCGUCAAGUGGAAGACCAGCUACUCUACUAGCGGGAAGUUCAAGUCUGCAGACACUACAGCCCUCAGCCACACCGUCACUGGCCUCAAACCCAACACCAUGUAUGAGUUUGCUGUCAUGGUCACCAAGGGCCGUAAGUCCAGCACGUGGAGUAUGACAGCUCACGCCACUACGUACGAAGCAGCUCCCAGCUCUGCCCCUAAGGACCUGACGGUGAUCAGCAGGGAGGGAAGACCCAGAGCCAUCCUGAUCAGCUGGCAACCCCCCAUGGAGGCUAACGGACGAGUCAUGGUCUAUCUGCUAUAUCCUGUACACAUCCUAGAUAAGAACAUGCCUAUAGAUGACUGGGUAAUGGAGAGUAUCAGUGGAGACCGUCUGACCCACCAGGUGAUGGACCUGAACCUGGACACAGUCUACUACUUCAGGAUCCAGGCUAAGAAUGCCAAGGGAGUGGGUCCCCUGUCAGACCCCAUCCACUUCAGGACUAACAAAGUGGAACACCCAGACAAGAUGGCUAACGAUCAAGGUCGCCAUGGAGACGGAAGCUACUGGCCCUCUGACAACAACCUGAUUGAUAGGAGCAGUCUGAACGACAUUGGUCAGAUGCGUCCUCCUCACGGCAGUGUGACGCCCCAGAAGAACAGCAACCUCCUGGUCAUCAUCGUGGUCUCCGUGGGAGCCGUUACUGUGGUAGUGGUCAUCAUAGUAGCGCUGAUCUGCACCAGGCGCUCCUCCGCACAACAGAGAAAGAAGCGUGCCACUCACAGUACAGGGAAGCGAAAAGGUAGUCAGAAGGACCUGAGACCUCCAGACCUGUGGAUCCAUCAUGAGGAGAUGGAACUGAAGAACAUUGAGAAGCCUACAAGUGCCGCCCCCUCUGGAUGUGAUUCGCCCAUCCAGGGUUCCAUCCAGGAAAUCCGGUCUCAGUCUGUCAGUCACAGCCAAUCAGAGAGUCAGAUGGGAAGCAAGAGCAGCCACUCAGGUGUGGACAAUGACGAGGCUUCCAGCUGCAUCUCUACGUUAGAGCGCUCCCUAGCUGCCCGGAGGGCGACACGUACCAAGCUGAUGAUCCCCAUGGACUCUCAGCCCAGCAACACCCCUGUUGUCAGUGCCAUCCCAGUGCCAAUUCUGGAGAGCAGUCAGUACCCUGGCAUCCUGCCCUCGCCCACCUGCGGGUACAACCAUGGUACUCUGACCACCCACCCCAAGUUCACCCUGAGACCCAUGCCCUUCCCCAGCCUCACCGUGGACCGAUGCUAUGCAGCAGCGAUGUCGACAGAGGGUUCCACUCCGCUGGGGGUUCAGCAGCAGCAGCAUACUCUGAUUACCAGCAGCAGUAGUCAGCCAGGUGUAGGAGGAGCAGGAGGUGGAGGUGAGCUCUCUCUCCCUGGCGCAGAAGAGGUAGGGGCCACCUCUACCCGUACCAUCCCCACCGCCUGCGUCAGGCCAACGCACCCCCUACGAAGCUUCGCCAAUCCCCUCCUGCCUCCCCCCAUGGGGACCAUCGACCCCAAGGUCUACACACCCAUGAUGCCACAUUCAAGUGCCAGCCUUCCCAAGCCAACAGUAAAAACAGCAUCUCUGGGGCAAGUUGGCAAAGCCAGAUCACCACUACUACCGGUCUCCGUGCCAACAGCCCCCGAGAUGGGUGAAGAGGGACAGAAGCAACCAGAAGACUCAGCCAAUGUUUACGAACAGGAUGACUUGAGUGAACAGAUGGCGAGCCUAGAGGGACUCAUGAAGCAACUCAACGCCAUCACUGGCUCGGCCUUUUAACCCCAGCAGCCCUGGCAGAGAGUCCCACCCAGACAGUCCGUCAGACCUUAACAGCAGCAGCACUGACAGCAGAACCACAGUAUUACACCAUAGGGCAGGGCACAGAGAGGGGGGGUAUGGUGUCAGAACCUCAGAAACACAGAUACUUCUCCACCCCCUCCCCCAAAUACUGUAACCAACCCUUCUAACAGACCUCUAUGUAACCCUAUAAUACUAUAACCAGUAACAGACCUCUCUGUACCCCUAUAAAUACAAUAACCAACCACCCUGACAGACCUCUCUGUAAUUCCAAAACAUCAGGACUAACGAUUAAGGAGAAUCUAAAAGAUUUGCCUAGUGUUGAUUUCCCUUUAAAACACCACCUUUUGAGUUUUCAUUUAUCAAUGUUAAUUUUGGAGGGUUUCCUUGUGCGUUACUGGUGUAUUGGAUUGAACUUUGAACUGAAGGCACAAGUGUUACAGCUGGGUCUAUAGUAUUAGACCUUUGGAUUGGUUAUUAUCUCCAGACACCAACGUUUCCCUGGACCCCUCGUUCACCAACGUUUCUCUGGACCCCUCGUUCACCAAUGUUUCCCUGGAACCCCUCGUUCACCAACGUUUCCCUGGAACCCCUCGUUCACUAACGUUUCCCUGGAACCCCUCGUUCACUAACGCUUCCCUGGAACCCCUCGUUGCCUGGUGAUGUUGUGAGACAACAUGGGAGGUCUCACAGUAACCACACCCUUACGGCGUUGAAAUGAAACGUACACCAACUCCUUGUGAACCCGAGGCUGUCCAAAUAUGGACACCGUACGCUCCCUCUUCUCUUUCCUAAAACAUUGACACAGUCAGUGACCACAGCCUAGAACAUUCUACAGGCUGUGAGGAACACUGGUUAGGCCCCGGGUACUGGAUCAUCUCAAUACGGACUACAGAACCAACUUCAGACUCUGGAAAGUUCUGGAUCCUUGUUCAGGUCCAUUUGUGUUGCUGCUCCUCAACUGAACGUCUGCCCUGGUUGUGUUGCUACCCUAUAUCACAACUACAGACAGCUGUUGAAAUCGUUAAAACAACACCAAGAAUUAUAACCAGGCGCUCCAGUCAAUGUAUGAAUGGUCUUGGAACGUUCUGGGAAUCAAGACAGUAUCAAAUGGGAUUUACAGGGGUUGGAAGGCUUUUGUAUGAAUGUAUGUUAUUUACUCUGAACAAUCCAUUGUUUUGGUUAAUACCACCUUAUUCACAACAUACAGCGUCUUGUGCAUUAUUAAAACCCCGAGAGAUGUUUAUUUUUUGUUGUUGAUUAUGGCGCCGUUGAUGCUAUUGAUGAGUCGUCAUUUUAACAGUUAAGGUUUUCAUGAGACAGACACAUGUACCUCAGUUUAAGGUUGUACGGUUGACUGACUAACAAUGUGGUUAACAGUGUGAUCACACAGGGGUUUGUUUUGGUCAUUUUUAUAUGAUAAACGAUUAUAUUAUUCCAUAUAGUAUAUUUUUACAUCAGCAGUUCUGUCAAAGCUGCAGUACAACUAUUUUUAAACCAAUUGAUUAAACCCUACUGGCUUCUAAUCUAGUUUUACAUUAUGGGGCUGCAUGGGUUGCUAUGCAUCACUGAGGAUAGAUACUGUACAUAACCUGAAGCCUUUUAACAAAACAUGGCAUCAAUAUGUACCACUUAAGUGAUAAAUGAAUCAUUAAUCGCCAUGAAAAUCGGACAUCAAUAUUCGCAUGUUUGAUUCUGGUAACCCAUGGUAACUGUGCUCCCUUUAUCAAUUGCAAACCUCUAUUUGUUUUCCCCCUCUGAAGAUGGAUUGUCCCAGAGAGAUGUAGGGUUAGCUACAUUGUCAUUCAGAACAUGUUUAGAUUAGAACGCAGGAGAUAAAGGGUUAGCUACAUUGUCAUUCAGAACAUGUUUAGAUUAGAACACAGGAGAUAAAGGGUUAGCUACAUUGUCAUUCAGAACAUGUUUAGAUUAGAACACAGGAGAUAAAGGGUUAGCUACAUUGUCAUUCAGAACAUGUUUAGAUUAGAACACAGGAGAUAAAGGGUUAGCUACAUUGUCAUUCAGAACAUGUUUAGAUUAGAACGCAGGAGAUAAAGGGUUGAAUUCAUUAUACUGUAUCAAAUGUUAGGAUUCAUAUUAGGACACCAGCUGGAAAUAGUAACAAUGCUGAAUAUGGUAUUGAUGUCUGUGCCAGUGAGACAUUCAAAUGGUUUAGAAUAGAGGGAAAGAAAAGUCACAGAUCAGACGACUCAUCACAGAACACAGAUGUCUUUAUUUCGUCACAACAAACUCUCGAGUUUCUCUCAUUCUACAUCCGGGGUUUUCUUUUUCAUCUGUUUGCCCUUAAAGGAAAAUUCAACAAAACAAAAUCUAGUUUUCAAGAUCUAGAAUAUUGAAAAGUCCAGAACAUGUCACAGUAUGAUGCGUUUAGGACACGUUCUAGAAUUUUAACAUUAUACAUCUUGGAAACUAGAUUGCUGACCUGCAAAACAUUUUUAGGAUUGUUUCAACAGUGGACUAAUGAAACACAACAUUGUUUUUUUUUUUUUGAGUGGUAUUUUCUUUUAAAUACUUUAUUUUUUAAAUGUAUUUUUAAUUUGUUGAGAAAAAUGGAGAUGUUCUAUGUGCCUAUACGUUUGCUUUUCCAUUCUUCGUUUCUCUCUUCGUUGGUCACUUUAUUUGUAUGGAGAUCUGUAUGAAAAUAUGAAACCUGAUUUUUUUUUUCUCUCUUUGCCUCGCCCUUAGUGCAGGGUAACAGAUGAGCUAUGAAGUUCUGUCGACAUAGUCUUGUCUCUUCUGAACGACAGACAGGCAGACCAUGGCUCUAUAUUUUCUUGUAUGCUGUACAUGUGUAUUACCAUGGAGAAAGGACCGCUGAAGCAAGACAACAUGAAAAAUAUUGAGUCAGUCCCGAAUGGAAUCCUAUUCCCUAUUUCGUGCCCUACUUUUGACUCAAGCCCUAUGGACUUUGGUCAAAAGUAGUGCACUAUAUAGGGAAUAGGGUGCCAUGUUUUUUUCUUCUUCCAUUGUACAGUUCCAUAGAGCAACUGAAGGACAAAUUGCUAGUUAACUCAUUGACUGUGGGUGGGUUUGGGGAGGGUACUUUUUAUGAUAAAAUGUAAUAUAUUAUUUAGAGCGCACAUCACUAUUAUUUAUGAAGAACGACGUGAUCAUUCUGGACAUGUAGUUUAGUAAUGGGGAGAAAAAAAACGACAUUUGGAAAAACCCAUUCAAGAUCUCAUUCUCAAUACUGUUAGGAAGGUGUCCAUCCCAUUUAAUGCCCUCUUCCUGUUGUCAUUCUCCCAUCAGCCACAUCAUGAUUGCGGUAUCAAUAUUAGGACCGACUCGGAGUCACAAGCAGUUAGUCCUAAUUUGGAUACCGUACAGGAUAGCACGUUCUCUCAGAAAAGGAAGUCACCCAUAGACACUUUGAGUUGCAGACUUACACAGACAUCUAUCAUGUCACAAUUCACCCAAACUGUCUAGAUUGGCUGGAUAUUUGAAUAACAAGUGCAUUUGAUAAACUGUUAUGGAUGAUAGGCUAUGGUUAUAACCUGUUUUGUAUGACAGGCUAUAGGUUAUAACCUGUUUUGUAUGACAGGCUAUAGGUUAUAACCUGUUUUGUAUGACAGGCUAUAGGUUAUAACCUGUUUUGUAUGACAGGCUAAAGGUUAUAACCUGUUUUGUAUGAUAGGCUAAAGGUUAUCACCUGUUUUGUAUGAUAGGCUAAAGGUUAUCACCUGUUUUGUAUGACAGGCUAUAGGUUAUAACCUGUUUUGUAUGACAGGCUAUAGGUUAUAACCUGUUUUGUAUGACAGGCUAAAGGUUAUAACCUGUUUUGUAUGAUAGGCUAAAGGUUAUCACCUGUUUUGUAUGACAGGCUAAAGGUUAUAACCUGUUUUGUAUGACAGGCUAUAGGUUAUAACCUGUUUUGUAUGACAGGCUAAAGGUUAUAACCUGGUUUGUAUGACAGGCUAUAGGUUAUAACCUGUUUUGUAUGACAGGCUAUAGGUUAUAACCUGUUUUGUAUGACAGGCUAAAGGUUAUAACCUGGUUUGUAUGACAGGCUAUAGGUUAUAACCUGUUUUGUAUGACAGGCUAAAGGUUAUAACCUGUUUUGUAUGACAGGCUAUAGGUUAUAACCUGUUUUAUAUGACAGGCUAAAGGUUAUAACCUGUUAUGGAUUAUAGGCAAAAGGUUAUAACCUGUUAAGGAUUAUAGGCUAUAGGUUAUAACCUGUUAUGGAUGAUAGGCUAUAGGUUAUAACCUGUUAUGGAUUAUAGGCAAAAGGUUAUAACCUGUUAUGGAUGAUAGGCUAUAGGUUAUAACCUGUUAUGGAUUAUAGGCAAAAGGUUAUAACCUGUUGUGAAUGAUAGGCUUUAUGUUAUAACCUGUUAUGAAUUAUAGACUAUAGGUUAUAACCUGUUAUGGAUUAUAAACUAUAGGUUAUAACCUGUAAUGGAUUAUUGGUUAUAACAAGAAAGGACCACACUCUUUUUACUAACAAAACUGUGAUGACUGUUGAGAAGGUGACAUAUCCAGAAAGAAGUCCUAACUAUAUGUUCUUUGAAUUCAUACUUAAAAAAUGUCCGCAUUGUUUUUUUAAAAUUGUUAACCAAAUUAGAUUUAGUGAUUGUACAAUAUUAAAAGUGUACAUUUUGUUCAUUUAAAGCGAAGAAGGGAAUAAGACAUAAUUGCGUAUCUUAUUAUUAUCUUAUUAUUAUAAAGAGUAAGAAACCUCUUCUUCUGGUCUGUUUCUAUCCACAACGUUGUAUACAAUUGCUGGUUUUGUAAUGCACUGUAGAGAAAGCAGUUCCACUGUUCAUUUUUCUUCUCUUUUUUUUAAAUAGAAAUGGUAUUUCGAUGGUGUAUUCUUUUUGUUUGAUAAAUAAAGUUUUGA